UUUUUUUGUAACACUAAACUUAAUACUGUUCGAUUUUGUAUUGGUAGGCUAUUAAGAAAAUAAUGAUUUCAUUUCAGGUGAUGCAUUCAGCCCGGACUCUGGACUAUGAAAAGACUGAUCUCUUUACUGCACGUGAUGCUUUUGAUCCAGACUUAUGAUGCAGUUACAGUGCCCCGGUCUCCAGUGACAUCACCUCCCGGCAGUGAUGUCACUCUCAGCUGCUCUUUCUCCUAUAAAGCGGGGGCUGAUCUCGGGAAAGUGGUGGUUACCUGGCAACGCCGUGACUAUCGGGUGGUCCACAGUUUCUAUUACGGUCAGGACCAGCUUGCUCUGCAGAAUGAAACCUACAGGAGUCGGACCCAGCUGUUCCCAGAGCAGCUCAGUGUGGGGAAUGCCUCCCUCAGACUGAAACAGGUGCGGGGUGAGGAUGAGGGCUGGUACACCUGCGCUGUCACCAACCAAGUGGAGAGCACCAGGGGAGACGUGCGCCUCAUAGUGGCAGCUCCAUACAGUGAGCCUCAUGUACACAUUGACAUCAUGGAGGGUCGUGACCAAUAUGCUUUGACCCUCUACUCGAGAGGGUACCCCAGCGCUACAGUGCAGUGGCUGAAUGAGAUAGGAUGUGACAUCACAGAGCACAGCAAGACUAGCCAAUCCCUGGACAGCAGAGGCCUGGUGGAGCUCAGGAGUCAGAUGCUAGAGCAGAGAGAUGAGAACGCAUCCUACACCUUCAUCCUCAACAACACAAAACUGGAUCAAGUUAUAAUCAGAAGCUUUUCUGUUACGAAAAACACAGGUUCAGAGAGGUCUGCUGCUCUGAUUGCUAGAAGUCAUCUUCCUUUACUCAUACCCAUCCUACUGCUAGUGUUGACAACAACAGCACUGAUAGCCUUGAAACAAGCUGGAGUGAAGAGCCGUGCUGGGAGCUCACCGUAAUGCUUUACUGGCAUGAUGAA